AUGAGUCUUUCCAGUAGACUUUCGAGUCUUCAAUUGAAUGUAAAUGAUGAUAUGAAGCCGGCUUAUGGCUCAUUGAACGCAAAUCCAAAUGAAAAACCAAAUACUUCCGGAAUUUUAGGUCCAUCCAUUUCACAGUCGUCCGGUACAAUUGCCGACUUUGGUGCAAAUGGUUUGUUUUCUUCCUCUAUCCGCAAUCCCAAUGAUUCCCAUGCCCUGCACCGAAAUAGCAGCCCCGUUGAUGUAAAUAGUCAUAAAAACAAGCUUUUGGGAGUCAUUACUGGAAAAUCCGGUUCCAAUUCACCUUCUUUCACUGAUGCCACUGAAACAAAAGAUUUGAACCCCUCUGAAAAUAUGGAAUCCUCCAGUCCUGUGGAUGAGUCUGAAAAAGCGUAUUCUCUUGAAUCUCUUCUGCCUAUUAUUCGUAUGGAAGAUACCGAUUUGUGCAUGUUACAACUGGGUUGUGAUUUGUCUGCUUUAGGUUUUGAUUUGGCACCCGUAGAGGAGGAUCGGUUAAUAUCUACAAAUAUGUCGUCUCCUUGGGCUGAGCUGAAUACCAAGAAGCCAAUUUCCGAACCUCCAUUCAAGCUUCCUGAAUGCUAUAAGAGUGUUGCUCCUCCUCCUCAACUCUCAAAAGUCAUUCAAUUUUCUGACGAAACCCUGUUUUAUAUCUUUUAUACAAAACCUCAAGACAUUUUACAAGAGGCCGCUGCUCAAGAACUUACUAAUCGCAACUGGCGUUUCCACAAAGAAUUUAGAGUUUGGUUAACACCAGUACCUGGUACGAAACCACUUCAACGCACGCCCCAAUUUGAACGUGGCUACUAUAUGAUUUUUGAUCCUGUUCAUUGGAAGAAAAUCAGGAAAGACUUUAUGCUUAUGUAUGCUGCUCUCGAAGAUCGUUCUCAAAGUGCUAUUCCAACAUGA